AGAGCCCACGCGAGUUCCUGAUCCAGGCGCUGCAAAGGGUGAAGGCUGCCAGACGCGCCGCGGGGGACUACCCUUACCUCAUGGAUGAGGAGAACCUGGCCGCCAUGUUCAGCUUGCUGGAUGUCGUGGGCCGAGGCCACAUCACAGCAGUGCAGUACAGAGAAGCUCUUAAAACUCUAGGACUGAGCACUGAAGAUCUGCAGAUUGGAGAUGGUGAGAACAUCACACUGAGCAUGUUCAAAGAAGAAGUGUAA